GCGCGAGAACAGGACAGUCCUGGUUUCCGCAAUUAACACGCGCAGACAAGACGAGCAGUUCACUUUAGAUGAGCAGGCCGUGCUGAAGUGGCCAUGUGCCUCGCCGCUGUGGUGCUGCGCAACACGCCGCCAGGUUUCUUCACGCCAACUUAGCAACUCAUCACACGGAUUUAACGGUCAGUGAAGAGUCCGGGGUUUUUCUCUCUUUUUUCAGGUGCUAAAGAGGCUUUGAGAGCCGCUUCAGACGACAUGCAAGAAGGUGGUGGAUAAUGUCAGCUGCGCGGCUCGUCCUGGGUGUCUGACGGACGCUAUGGAUUUGCUCUGAUUGCUGAUUUCCUCUCUGAUACGGCGUCGAAUGGCUGCGACUCCCACUUCGAGGGCUGCGAACAUUCCGCAGAAAACUGCCUGCUAGUCUACAGUGAGGAUUUAACUGGAAAGGCUGAAGGAGAGGAGUAAACAAAUAAACAAACAAACAAACACACACAGAACAACUCUGCGCUCGUUUUGCGCUGUAUGGACAGAGAGACGCGACCAUGGAGCACACGGGCAUCGAAGAGGUGAACCAAACGCACCAGCAGCACGAGCCCAUCAGCUUCGGGAUCGACCAGAUCCUGAACAACACGGAGCAGCCGAGCAGCUGCAUGGUGCCGAGCAGGGCCAGCGAGCCGGACUAUCCGCUGGCCUCCGGCGUGUAUGCCAACGGCUACAACGGCGUGUACAGCCCGGCCUGCUCCAUGGCGCCGGGCCUGGCGGGCUCCUACAACGUCAACAUGAACAUGAACGUGAGCAUGAACAUGAACGUGAACGUGAGCUCGGGGAACGCAGGGGGAGUUAUCCGCGUGCCCGCGCACAGGCCCAUGCCCCCCGCGCCCCAUCCACCAACCGCCGCCCACCCAGCGGGCAUCGCGGCUGGACUGCCUACAGUGCCCACCGUGCCCAGCAUGGGCAGCCCGUCCAGCUUCACCUUCCCCUGGAUGGAGAGUAGCAGGAGGUUCGCCAAGGACAGACUCACUGCCGCGCUUUCUCCGUUCUCCGUCACGCGGCGGAUCGGUCACCCGUACCAGAACCGCACGCCGCCCAAGCGGAAAAAGCCGCGCACCUCCUUCAGCCGCGUGCAGAUCUGCGAGCUGGAGAAGCGCUUCCACCGGCAGAAGUAUCUGGCGUCGGCGGAGCGCGCGACACUCGCCAAAGCGCUGAAGAUGACGGACGCGCAGGUCAAGACCUGGUUCCAGAACAGGAGGACAAAAUGGAGGAGACAGACGGCUGAGGAGCGAGAGGCGGAGAGGCAGCAGGCGAACCGUUUAAUGCUUCAGCUCCAGCAAGAGGCUUUCCAGAAGACCCUGAGCCAACCCCUCCAGCCGGACCCUCUCUGCCUCCACAACUCGUCCCUCUACGCUCUGCAAAACUUACAGCCCUGGGCAGAGGACAACAAGUCACACACAUAUAUACAUGGAAAGAAUUUAGGCUUUAUUUUCAAUGAUGGUGUGGAUUCAGCUUCCUCUUUGUAAUGAGAUAAUGCUGGCUGGGAAGAAAUGUGGGGGAGCUGCCUGUCUAACAGAGGGCGGGACUGCGUUGUCCCUUCUGACCCGAAACCCCGCGGAGCUGUAUGAUGAAUUUCACCCAUCAAGACGGCUGCUUGUCUACGUGCCGUUUGGCAUCGGCCAGACCGACGCAGCCAGUGACUCGUUUGUUCUUGUUGUUUUGCUUUGAACUCUGUAAGAUGUGUUUGUGAUGCAUGUUGACCGCGUCUCCUGCGCGUACACAGGGGCUGAAGACUUUUGUCGGUUUUGUCCAGCUGGAGUCCUCCUUCUUCACCUGAACUUUGCAAGCAAUUACGGACGCGCUCCCUAUGUAUUCCUUCAUGACAUGACAUUUAAAGCCGUUUUAUAUUAAACAUGAUUGUGACUUCUAACAAAAUCA